CGCCGUAGUAAGCUCAACACCUGUUGCUGGCUUGCUGUCGUCUACACUCGGCUGACUUAAACACCAGCCGCUUAGCGAACGUCAACCGCGCCACGUCCUUCACCUGUCUUGCUGGCGCGUAUGAAUUACACUGUCACCAGAAGCUCCAAAGCCUCUCGUCUGAAUACGACGUCCCUUCAGCAGCUCGCACAAUUCAACCAUUACGCUCCUGAACUUACCUUCAACAAACCCCGGAAAUCUACUGUUACGCUAUCAUGACUUUCAAUAUCGAUACUGAUAUCGAUACAGUGAGCGACGAGUGGCUGGAAGGAUUCAUCCGUCGCAUGGAAAAGGAGAAUGGGAUUUUGGCCGGCUUGGACGAAGGAAAUCGAAUAAUCAAGCUAUCUCCCACCAUGGUCGUCAAAUGUGGAUAUGGAGUGACUGCGCAAGAAGCAGCCGCUCAAACGUUCGCGCAUCAACACUUCGACUCCUCCAUUGUCCAAAUUCCACGAGUUCAUCGAUUCUUUCAUAGCAGCCCUUGUGCAUUUGGUUCCUGUGGAUAUCUUUUCAUGGACUAUAUUGAGGGUUGGAGCCUCGAAAACCUCGAUCUUCAGGUACAUACAGAUCUCAUACCGCAGAUCGCGACCAUCAUUGCCCAUAUGGAGAGCAUGGCUAGCGAAAUCCCCGGUCCGCCCGGGGGUGGGAGACCAGAAGGCUAUCUCUGGUCUGAUGAAGGCGCUAGAACUGAGUUUCAUUCUGUGGAAGAGCUGAACACAUGGCUGAAUGCGAGACUUGCGACGCAGGACAAGUCAAUCGAUAUUACGUCUGAGAAAUUAGUGUUCUGCCAUAUGGAUCUCUGCCGAAGAAACAUGAUCAUGUUGCCGAAUAGGACCAUCUGCCUAUUGGAUUUUGGGUUUGCAGGCUUCUACCCGAGGUGUUUCGAAGUGGUGACGUUGGAUUUUUUAACCACUGAAAGCGUGGAAUAUACUCGUCAACUACAGAGAAGACUGAUGGAAGAGUUAAGAUUUACCGGCAAUGAGAAGGAAUACCUGGCUUUAUUGCAUCGGGUCAGAGCUAUCCAAGCACGCUUUCCGUCAGCAUUUGGUGAGAAAGUCGAGAAUCUCUUAGAUUUACCUGAGCUUGUAGCACGAUUGCCAUCUACUUCACUGCUACCAUCCCAGAUUGUUCCGCCGCCAAAGAUAGAGCCGUUGUCUCCGGAGGAUGUCGCUGCAGCGCUGGCAGCACUAUCAGCUCCUAAGCCAAAAGCUUACCAUGAAACGCAUCCAACGCUGGGCCGGCCUCCCUCGCCACCGCCACCUCUGUCGUAGUCAGUUUUGCAACCAUGACUAAAGUUCCAUCGGUUGGGCUUUUGCUCUUGGCCGAAGGAAAGGUGGGAGACACCUAUACUUGUAGCAGCUGUCCAAUACAUAGCUGCCGUAAGGGCGACGGGGACGGCGUAUCAAUCAACCAAUCAAUCAAUCAAUCAGCCUGGCGCUUCUCUCCCUAGAGCUCUUCUCUCCCUAGAGCUCUUCUCUCCCUAGAGCUCUUCUCUCCCCGAAGCUCUUCUCUCCCCGAAGCAUGGUUCUCCUCCGAGAGCUCUUAGACAAAAGUACGAUUUCAAGACUUCAAAAUGCCGUAAUGGACCCCAUGGAGCAACUGAGGCUGUGAUACCCCACAAAAUCUUCUCAACCAUAAUCAGGUUGGUUCAUGCUGGCUCACGCUUGCUCAAGGCCAGCUCAACAGUGCUCGGCUGCAGCCCAAGCUGCUUACUUAUACUCACGUUAUACCCCGGUGUAACUCAUGUUCAAAU